GUACUUGAGGACACGGAUGCUGCCCUUUUCGUAGACUACGAUGGCGCUCCGGCGCAUAUGCAGCCUGCCGGGAAAGCAGCCGACAUCGCGAAGACGGAGGAGCUGCUGCGGCAGUCCCCACCAGGCUCCUAUGUGGUGCGUGUGGCCCACGAAGGUAGAG